CAAGACCGUGGGUUUCCCAGCCUGGAGCCUCCGUCCAUCUUGGCUGCGGCAGAAAAUCCCAGUACAAAGCCUGAAGGAAACAUUAUGUUAUCGUCAGAUUAUAAGGAAGAAGAUCAGGCUAUCAUGCUGCGCUCUUCAGGAGAAAAUACUAUGAUUGUAUAUCCAUUACUUCUCACUACAGAUCUGUCAUAUAAUUCCGUUAAUCAAGAGGAACCUUCUCCCGACCAAUCACAGGUUGUUAUCCCAAAUAUAGUACAGAGAGGGGGUAAAAGAUUUCAAUGUGAGGAAUGUGGAAAACAGUUCAGAUAUAGGUCAGAGCUUUCUGUACACAGAAGUAGUCACACAGGAGAGAAGCCAUAUUCAUGUUCAGUAUGUAGGAAAUGCUUUACAAGAAAAUCACAACUUUUUAGACAUCACAGAAUUCACACAGGAGAGAAUCUACAUUUAUGUUCAAAAUGUGGGAAAUCUUUUCCAAGUAAAUCAGUUCUUGUGGAACAUCAGAGAAGUCACACAGGAGAGAAUCCAUAUUCAUGUUCAGAAUGUGGGAAAUGUUUUAGAUAUAAAUCAGAGAUUUUAAAACAUGAGAAAAGUCACACAGGAGAGAAACCAUUUUCAUGUUCAGAAUGUAGAAAAUGUUUCACCCAGAAAUCAAGCCUUGAUCAACAUAAGAGAAUUCACACAGGAGAGAAGCCUUAUUCAUGUUCAGAUUGUGAGAAAUGCUUUACAAAUAAAUCAAAUCUGGUUAUACAUCUGAGACGUCACACACGAGAGAAGCCAUAUUCAUGUUCAGAAUGUAGGAAAUGCUUUUCUGAGAAAGCACAUCUUGUUAUACAUGAGAGAAUUCACACAGGAGAGAAGCCAUAUUCAUGUUCAGAAUGUGGGAAAGGUUUUGUAAGUAAGUCGGAUCUUCUUUUGCAUCAGAGAAUUCACACUGGAGAGAAGCCUUAUUCAUGUUCAGAAUGUGGGAAAUGCUUUACAAGAAAAUCAAAACUUUUUAGGCAUCACAGAAUUCACACAGGAGAUAAUCUACAUAUAUGUUCAGAAUGUGGGAAAUCUUUUCUAAGUAAACCAAUUCUUGUGGAACAUCAAAGAAUUCACACUGGAGAGAAGCCUUACUCAUGUUCAGAAUGUGGGAAAUGCUUCACACAGAAAUCAAGCCUUGACAAACAUAAGAUAAUUCACACAGGAGAGAAGCCAUAUUCAUGUUCAGAAUGUGGGAAAUGUUUUACGUGUAAAACAAGUCUUGUAAUGCAUUGGAGAAUUCACACAGAAGAGAAGCCAUUUUCCUGUUCACAGUGUAAAAAAUGUUUUAGAUAUACCCCCAGUCUCAUCUCGGAGAGGGUUUUCAGCGCCACGAGAGGCGUCCUGACACCAAAACUGACCACGUUGUCCUCAGCCAGUGUCCAAAACAUCACUUUUGUCAACAUGAAUCAAGCCUGGAUUCGGGAGGAUUCUCGCACUCCUCUGACUGAUGCCGAUGAAUAG